CGAGGGACGAUCCCGCCCGUCGGAUUGCUUGUCCAUCCAUUCAUCAUUCAUUCUUCCUCUUCAACAUCUCCCCCAACGUACGUCCAAGCUGAAGCUGUCUUUCCCUUUGGCUCCUUGGAGAUCAUCGUACAACUCCUUUGUAUCUCGCUCUUUCUUACUAUUCCUCUUGUUCCGCGUCUACUGCAUCCUGUAGCAAUAGACGCCGCCUCCCUGUUCUGGCUGGGCGUUAUCUAUCUGGGCCCGGUUCUCUUAUCAGGACCUCCCCGAGCUACUUAGUUUUUACCCGUUCGCUGUUCACCAGCUAUCGUCAUGGCUGAUGAGGCAGCCAGGCCUCUUCUAGACGGCGAUUCCAGACCCGUCUCUCCUCAUCGGUCUCCAUUGCCUAACGAUGGAAAGACUUCUUCUCUCACUUAUCAGGAGCCUCGACCGUACGAAUUGUCCGAUGAAUCCGCUCCUCUACUAGUUCGUCGGGAUGACGACGAUUUUCUGGGGUACGGCGGGACCGACCCCAGACGACGUUCUUCCGAACUGUCACGCCCUCGCUCUUCUGACAUUCCAUUGAAGAAACGCCGCGGCAGAAUACGAUGGCCGAUCCUCUGUGCCGCCAUCUCACUCAUUGCAGUGGCUGCGAUCUUAGUCUUCGUUUUCAUUGCUCCGGCUGCUGUGAAGGAGUAUGUGAAGGAUGCAACAGUCUUCCAGCCCACCAAUGUCUCAAUUGACUCGACCACUGCCACGGGGGUCCGCGCUCGGAUACGAGGGAACCUGAUUCUCGAUGCUCAGCGCAUCAGGAAGACACCCGUACGGAAUCUGGGUCGGUUUGUCACUUGGAUUGGAAGAGAGGUCGAGACGGGUGAAUCCGAGGUCGAGGUAUAUUUACCCGAGUACGGAAAUGUCCUGGUGGGCACGGCGUCUCUGCCCUCCCUCAACAUCAACAUCCAGAACGGCCACAUCAACCAUGUCGACUUUGUUGCAAAUUUGGCCGCGGGUGAUAUUCAAGGCAUUCGCUCAGUGGCCAUGGAUUGGUUAGAUGGCAGACUGGGGCGCGUUCGUCUGGAUGGGAAAGCCACAAUGCAUCUUAAGUCGGGCUUGCUGGACCUGGGCGUACAGACGAUCACCGACUCGGUUCUCUUGAGAGAGGGCGACUUCCCUCCUUUGCCCACGGUCAAUGUGACCAAUUUCAAUUUCCACGAUGCAGACACCCCUGGGGAUGAAGGUGCAAUGGCUGUGGAUGCGUCUAUUGCUGCUUUGGUUGAAUCGCCCUUUUCUCUUAGUAUCCCUCCUCUCGGCUUUGUAGUAUUGGUGCCGAACUGCUCACCGGGCGACCCAUUCAUUGCAGUUGCCGCUGCUAUGACUGAGGGGUUCCCAGUCAUUCCUGGCCAACCAACCCAGAUUGACGUUAGCGCCCUUAUUGAAGGUCUCCCGGACGAUUUGACGAAAGCUUGUCCUGGGAAGAAGAACUCUCCGCUUGACCUUUUAGUCCGAAACUACGUCCAUGGUCUUGGAAUGACGGUUUACGUUCGUGGAGCCGACGCCCCUUCGUUCGAUACUCCGGACUGGAUGGUGGACGUGCUCAAGAGCGUGACGGUACCAUUUCAGUUUACUGGCCACGCCGUGGACAACCUUGUCCGGAAUUUUACUAUGACGGACGUGCACUUCAGCUUGCCCGACCCUCUGGCAGAGCCGGACUCGCCUGAAUCCCGCCCAACAGUCUCUGCGCUGGUGAAGGUCCUGGUAGGGCUGCCGAAGGAGGUCGGCCUCGAAUUAGAUGUGCCCCGGGUCCGGGCCAAUGCCGAUGUUUUCUAUCUCGGCCACAAAGUUGGGAUUCUAGAUCUUAUGAAGUGGCAACCAGCCAACUCGACUUUGCUAGAAGAUGUUGAUGGCACCUCGGCGUUACUGGUCGAUUUCGCCAUCAAGAACGCUCCUUUGGAAGUGACCGAUGACGAUGUCCUUACGGAUCUUCUGCAAGAUCUAAUCUUCUCUGGUAAAUCUGUCAAGCUGGUCGUGGCAGCGAACGUAGACGCGGAAGUCUCCACAGGACUCGGAAUCUUGACUAUCCGUGAAAUUCCAGCAGAAGGGGAGGUUAUCGUCAAGCCCCCGUACGGUGGCUCACUCGAUCAAUUCAAGCCCCAGAUUGAGUCGCUCAAGUUAAGCGAUACGAGUGCUUCGUCACUUCUUGUGGAAGCGAGCGUCAAUGUCACAAAUCCUACGCCGUAUGCUGCUUCAGUACCCUUGAUAGAUUUUGUAAUGCUCUUCAAUGGCUCAAGAGUAGCCCACCUGACGGCAAGAAACGCCAAGAUCGCCCCCGGCAUGAACAGCGGUCUCCGCGUGGACCUUUUAUGGAGCCCUCUCGGCCUCGAUGGGCCAUCUGGCGCCAGCGCUGGCCGGGACCUUCUGUCACAGUAUAUCUCGGGGUCUAACACUACCGUUACCGUACGAACACACGAGAAGACCAUCCCAGCACUACCCGGACUGGGACGGGCCCUUUCUCGACUCGGCCUGGAGGUGCAGAUCCCUCAUGUGCCAGUACCUCAGGCCCCGGGACAUCAACCCGAUGCAGGCAAAGGGUCAAUGGGAUUCAUACAGGACGCUACGAUGCACCUGUGGUCAUCGACAGCCGAGUUCACCCUCUCUUCGCCGUUCCCCAAUACCACCAUCGAGAUCACUUCGGUAGAUGCCCAGGCCUUUUACCAGGCAGAGAGCGAAGAGGCCGAAGUUGGCACGAUUGAUUACCGGAUUCCCUUUCCAGUGCCACCGGGCCUGUCUGUAACCCCGCGGUUGCCGGUGGAUCUGAACCUAGGCGGGAUUGGCUACGAUGCGCUGAAACGAGCCCUUGGCGGCUCUCUCGAGUUGGACACCGUAGCGAAAGUUGGCGUGCAGAUCCAGCAUUAUAGAGAAUGGGUGAUGUAUCAUGGCAAGGGCAUUAAAGCCAAGGUAAAGCUUUGAGUCGGUCAUGCUGUGACUCACUGAAUCAAAAUCGUUGGGACUAGUGGAGUUUUGGGACUCAGGGGUUUCCCGCAGGCAUAGAAGUUCUGUAUGGUCUCUAUACUGAAUGGUAUUCAAUUUGCAGCACGAAGAAGUUACUGGCGCUUCGUGACUCA